AUGGCUUUGAGAGAAAUCAAGAUGCCAAGUAGCACUGCCCAACCCUCAGGAGUCCUACUGGUGGGAAGUAUCCCCUUCACUACCACCGAAGAGGUCUUAAGCAAAGUGUGUUCAGCCUUACCCGGACGCCUGCGAUCCAUCCCAGACGGCGAAACCAAUGUACGGAAUAACUACAUCGGCUGGCAGCUGGACUGUUUCCCGAAGGAAACUAGAAACUCCAUAUUAGGUGUUGCCACCGCUGAGGUACCACCUGAUCAUCGUGGCACUUUCAGCCUAGAGUCAGUCAAACCAACGCAAUUUGAUGCAGCCGCCCUAGAGUCCUACAAGACAUUUAUAAAGCUGCGUGACAAAGGCGCCAUUCCUCAGGGCGUGCGGUUCCAAGUCUCACUUCCCUCCCCCUUGAACUCGAUCAAGGCACAUGUGAAAGCCGAUUUUCAACCUCAGCUAGAGCCCCUCUACGAACACCGCAUUCUUGAAUCCUUGGCUACCAUUAUUGAAGGAAUUCCCGCUGAGGACCUCGCAAUUCAAUGA